AGAGGAGGGAUCACUGCGGUGUAGUCACACACACACACACACACACACACACAGACUGUCUUCACAUUUGGAUCCAUGUCUCAUCCUGAAAACAGAGUCUGAACCCCCUUCCUGUCACGUCCAGUCAGUGUAGCGCAGAAGUAACGUAACGUGUGUGCGUACGUGUACGGGCAUGUCGGCAUGGAUGCAGACGGGAACAGUUACGCAGGGUGUCGACAGGUGACCGAGUGAAAGAAAACGGGACUACACCUUCACCGAGUUUAUUGUUUUUGUACCGCUGCCUCCGGUUAAAGCUCCGCUUCUCUUCUCGGGUUCUGCCCGCUUCUCCUGCCCUCCUCACCGGACCCUCCUCACCGGACCCUCCUCGGUGGUUCACCCCGACAGAAAGAAGAAAUGUCGGAGGGCAUUCCCAACGAGCUGUUCGAGAGCAUGCGGGAGGCGGUGGGCCGCAGGGUGAAGCUGACCCUGAGACAAAGAGUCCAGCUGGAGGUCAAAGGUGACAAGCUGGAGAACAGAGUGCUGGCGCUGGCGUCACAUCGAGCCUUUCUGCUGACGGCACGGGUCCCGUCCAAGGUUGAACACUCCUUCAGCUACCUGGAUAUCCAGGGAAUCAGCAGCAACAAGCCCACUCAGCUGGUGUUGGAGUACGAGCGCGGUCCAUGGAGCCUCCGGCUCGGCUCGGCGGAGGAAGUGGACGAGGUGAUCGCUCACAUCGGCAGCUGUCUGCAGCGGAUCUGCCCCGCCAGCUCACCUGUGAAGGUGAUGAAGAAGUUGAGUCUGAAGCCUCCAGAGAGGACGGCGUCCCUGCAGGCCGUCUGGGACGAACAGAGCUCUGCAGAUCUGGGACCGUGCGGCGGGUUUUCUCAUCAGUACUGGUGUGUGUGUGAUUACCUGGGUCUGCCCUACAGAGAGGAGGUCCAAUGGGACGUGGACACCAUCUAUCUCACUCAGGACACCAGAGAGCUCAACCUGCAGGACUUCAUUCACCUGGAGAACAGGGAUCUGGUGGCGAUCAUCGCCGCUCUGGAGUACAACCAGUGGUUCACCAAACUCUCCACCAAAGACUACAAACUGUCGACUGAUAUUUGUGACCAGAUCUUGAGAGUGGUGGCUCGGUCCGGCCGGCUGGAGGAGCUGGUGCUGGACAACACUGGACUUAAAAGUGAUUUUGCUCAAAAACUGGGCAGCGCUCUGUCGUACAACCCGGCCUCCACGUUGCACACACUCAACCUGAGCAACAAUUCACUGGAGGACAAAGGUGUUUCUGCUCUGAGUGCUCAACUUGCCAAACUUCCCAUGGGCCUAAAGCACCUGAACCUCUCCAGGACCUCCAUGUAUCCUAAAGGUGUGAACAGCCUCUGUCAGGCCCUCGGCGCCAACCCGUCGGUCGCCGCCGCUCUCGCACACCUCGACCUGUCGGGAAACUCGCUCAGAGGCGACGACCUGCAGAACCUGCACAGCUUUCUGAGUCAUCCAAACUGCCUGGAGACCUUGGACCUGUCCAACAGCGACUGCUCUCUGGAGCAGGUGUGUGCGUCUCUGCUCAGAGGAUCUUUGAAGCAUCUCUCCAUCCUCAACAUGUCCAAGUCCGUCUUCUCUCACAGGAAGUGCAAAGAAAUCUCUCCGUCCUUUAAGCUGUUCUUCAGCAGCGCUCAGGCUCUGCGCUCAGUCAGCCUGUCGGGGACCAGGCUGCCUCUGGAGGCUCUCAAAGCCUUGUUGUUGGGACUCGGCUGCAACCCAAGCCUCAGUGACGUGUCACUGGAUCUCAGCUGCUGCGAGCUGCGUUCAGGAGGCUCCCAGAUCCUGGAGGGUUGUGUAGCUGAGAUUCCCAACAUCUCUAGUCUGGACAUUUCUGACAACAGUCUGGACAUGGAUCUGAACACCCUGCUGGUCUGGCUGGCCAAGAACCGCUCCAUCAGACACCUGUCACUGGGCAAAAACUUCAACAACAUCAAGUCCAAAAAUGUGUCUCAGAUUCUGGACAACCUGGUUCACAUGCUUCAAGAGGAGGAUUCACCGCUGACCUCGCUGUCCCUGGCUGAUUCCAAGCUGAAGACCGACCUGUCCAUCGUCCUCAACGCCCUGGGCAGCAACACCUCCCUGACCAAACUGGACAUCAGUGGAAACUCCAUGGGAGACAUGGGGGCCAAGAUGCUGGCCAAAGCCCUGCAGAUCAACACCAAACUCAGGACCAUCAUGUGGGACAGAAACAACAUCAGCCCUCAGGGUCUACAGGACGUCGCUGCUGCUUUGGAGAAGAACCACACCAUUCGUUUCAUGCCUAUGCCCAUCAUGGAUGCUGCUCAGGCACUGAAGGCGAGCCCAGAGAAGACAGAGGAGGCCUUGCUAAAGAUGGAGCAGUACCUGCUGAGGAACCACGAGACGCGCAAAUACCUCCAGGAGCAGGCGUACAGGCUGCAGCAGGGAAUAGUCACCACCACCACGCAGCAGAUGAUGGACAUGAUUUGUGUAAAGGUGCAGGACCACCUGAACUCUCUGAGGUUCACAGAGACCACCACGGUCCAGGAGGACGUGAAGGUGGCUGAGAACUUCAUGAAAGACGCCAAGAACUCCAAGAAAUUGCUCCCCAACCUUCACUACCUGAAGAGUGGAGGGUCAGGCGCGUGUGUUGGAGCCAUUCAGGACAAACUGGAGUCGAUGGCUGGAGAGGUUGCCCGGGUGAUGGACGAACAGCUGCAGACAAUGCUGGUGUCCAUGGUGGAUGCUGCUGAGGGCCUGUGUCCUCAUGUGAUGAAGAGGAGCAGCCUUCGCCAGGAGCUUCUGAAGGCCGGAGCAACGAGGAUGACCGUCCCUCGCAGCUUCAUCACCACCACGCUGCUGGAGCAGUCCGGGGUCGACAUCAUCAACAAGAUCAGUGAAGUGAAGCUGAGCAUGGCAUCGUUUCUGUCCGAUCGCAUCGUGGAUGAGAUCCUGGAGUCUCUGUCCAGAUCACAACAUACUCUGGGCGACCAUGUGAUCAGGAAGAGUCACCCUCUGCUGCACCACGAGCCCCCGAUGGAGACGGAGGUUCUGGAUGAAACGGUUCUGCAGCUGGAGAAACACAACCAGGAACAGAAACAAAGCCAGGCCCGGGACCAGAAAGCUGGGCUGCAGGAUUUGGACAGCUGCAUUAUGACUCCUAAAUCCAAGAGGAGGAGUAUUCUGGUGAGGAUGCUGCGACCCGUCUCUGUGGCGUUCGAGAUGGAGUUUGACCUGGACAAGGCUCUGGAGGAGGUUCCUAUCCAUGUGGAGGACCCUCCUCUUCCUCCUCCUCCUGCACAGCCAUUGGACAUUGGAGUGUCAUCCUACUAUGGAGACCACCCCCCUCCCCCUACUCCACUGGAUACAAAGCCGAUCUGUUUGGGCGAGUUGCCGCCUGUAGAGCACAAGAUGCUGGAGCAUCACACCAAACUCCGACCGAAACCCAAGAAGAGGACAAAACCCAGCCGACCAGCUCGGAAGGCCGCCGGCAGCUCGACGUCGCAGGAGGCAGAGCAGAACAGCAUCAUGGGAAAGCUGGAUGAGGGCCUGGAGGACUUCUUCUCCAAGAAAGUCAUCAAACUCAGCUUCAAACUCCCCUCUGGCAGAGGUCCAUCCUCCAGCACGCAGGAAGCAGCAGAUAAGAAACGGGAAUCCAGAAAGAGCGGUUUCUUUAACCUUAUCAAAUCCCGGACGUCCCGCUCAGAGAAGAGCCACGGAGCCGCCUCCAUCACUCCACCCCAAGCUGCCUCCUCCGCCUCUGCUUCACCCUCUCCCUCAGUUACCCAAGUGACCGAGGAAACAACGCCAACACCCCCCACUCCUCCCGCGAGAAACCCGGGCACUGUGGCGGAGCCCCAUCGGGAACUCCACAGGGCUCCAUCCUCGGACCACACGGAUUCUGAAACGGAGACCUCUCAGACCGCCGCCGAACCUGCUGAGGAGAAGAAUGUGGAGGAUAAGGAGAAUGUGGAGAGGAAGGAGAACCUCCACAUUCCCCGCCAUAUUGGGGUCCCUGUGAUGGGCAUGGACCUGCUGGCUGAGAUGAAGGCCAGACAGGAGAGAAUGGCUGAAAAGAAGGCUGAGUUGUCAUCCUUACAGGACAAUGUGGACAAUGAUAAAGCGGACGCUGAUGAGUCCAAACCAGAGCCGACUCCCAGGUCCAAACCACCAAGCGUCACCCCCAAACCGCCCCCACCUCAGGCCACCAAACCUCCGCUUGGGGCCCGGACUUCUGCGCCCCUCAGUCCUGCCAGUCCGACCAGCCCCAGGCCGGGCAGCACCUACAUCUUCGAUGAGUCCGCUGAGGCUCCAGCAGGCAGCUCAUCUGCCAAAGGACCACUUCCCGCUCCUCGCCUGAAGAGGGCGCCGUCAGAGCAGGAGAGAGAGAGCAUCAGCAGCAGCUCUGCAGGACCGCUGUCUCCACUGGACGGUGAGUUCCCCGUGGACGGUGAUGCGUUCGAGCCGCCCGGUUCUCCGGUCGAGCCGGGCGCCGGUGGCCGACAGUGGUCGUCUCUGAAGAGCUCAGCCGGUCCUCCCGCUGUGAGCGAGGACGAACGGGAGCGAGCCAAGUCCCUCCCCGCCUACGCGAGGCCUCCGUCUCUCACAGACACAGAUCUCAGUCCAGCUGAGGAGGAGAUUCUUCCUCCGGCCGCUGAUCUCAAGUCUGACAACAAAUCAGAGGAGGAGUCCGACGACGCCCCUCCGGUCUGACACCAGCCAGAUGUUUACGCUCUCUGAAUCCUCUCCACACCAACGAGGUCAAUCACACAAAAACAGUGAUUCUUAACAUUUUUACAUUUCCUGGUGAGGCACAUGCAAACAGAGUGUUUAGCAUGUGUCGUGCUGUUUUCUGCGGAGUUUCCUGAUCUUGGAUCAGUCCCAGCUGUCCGGCUAAAUAGACACAAACGGCUCCAUUAGCGUCUCUGUCAACAGCUCUAAUAGGACCAUAAAGAACAGAGCAGAUGGCUUUUAUCUGGUGCAGAGACAAUGUGCUGCUGCUUAGAUACAGAGAGGUGCGUGAUUCCAGAGCACCGAGGAGGUCCAGACUGAAGUAGUUCGGUUUGACUCUAUUUCUCUUCUGCAGGUGAACUAUUGCUGGUAAUUCAGUGACUUCUACCAGCAGGUUUUCUGGAGAUAAGACUCAAAAGAAGUCUUUGUUCUAUCCUGCAAUCAUUCACUCCUUAUCUUGAAACACAAAAAAAACUGUCCACAAAUUAGAAAAUGCCAAAAUUAGCAUCAGCGGGAACAGAUGAGCAACAAGAAAAGUGUCAAAAACCAAAGAACGCUCUCUGCUGCUGAGCCAAAGUUACUUUUCUACUCAAACUAAUGUUGAGACUAAUUAAGACAAACAUGUGAGUCAGCUUUUUGUUUCAUCUUAACUGUCUCUUCAUCUUAAUAGAGACUUUGUUUCAUGAUGCUAAUGAUGUUAACCUGACGAGUUGAUAACCGCACAAGCUUUUAUUCCAUUUCAAGGAAACAGAAGAUGGGAAAUGUUACCUUGACCGUGUUUUGGAAUUGGCUUGAUAUUUGUUUUUAAAUUGCAUAUAUUAUUGUAAACCAUAAGUUUAAUGAUAUUAAAUGUCAUCGCGGCUAGUCGGGGCUUUGCUGGGUUUAACGGUCUAGUUCAACUGCUUCUCGUGGUCCCGCCCGUCAAUGAAGAGUGUGAGAUGUGGCUGAAAGCUCUGCAAAAUAUAAUCUAGUAAAUGGGCCUUCAUUUGAGAUUAUUUUGUAAACUAUUUCCGAAAUCGAGACGCUCAGUAACAAAGUGUAAGUUUCAGUUCUGCAGAUAUUUCUUACACUUUAAAAAUCUAUCGUUGAGAUUUUUACAGUGUAAGGUCAGAUGUAACGCUGCGUUCAGGUCACGGCAGAGUCUCCGGGAUUAACAGUUUCUCUACAUAACGACACAUAAACACUGCUGCUGUAUCCUCACCAUAACACAGCUUAUCGUGUACUGCUGCACUUACUGUUGUAUCGAUGUAAAUAUGCACUAACGUUCCCAUGUGUUUAUGGUUCCGUUUGUGAAAUAAAUGGGGUUUAUAUCGGAGUAAAAUGCACAAACUCUGGGGUUUAUAUUGUAUUAUGAGCAGACAAUCAACAGCGUGCUGUUGAAUCUGCACAGAUAGAUGGUGGUGGUUUUCUAUUUUAUUGGGAAAUAUUUUUGUCAGAAUCUAAAUGUUCUUUUUUUUUCUUUUAAAGAUUUGAAAGUAAAAAUGUGUUUUAUUGUUUAUAUGCCAUCAAAUGUACAAACCUGGAAAUGUGACGUCCAACUGUCAGAUCUUUCUGUAUUUGUAUGUUUUAUUUGACCAAUAAAUGCAGUUUUACUC